GAACGUUAAUCCGAGUGUUGGAGCCCAGUUCUGUGCGGGAGGUGGAGCAUCAGUCCGGGGCGUGGUGUAAAGACCCUCUGCAAGCGGGUGAUAGGCUGUACGUGAUGCCCUGGACGCCCUAUCGCACAGAUAUGCUGUACGAAUACGCUUCCUGGGAUGACUACAUCCAAAACAGAGUCACCACCACCUAUAAAUUGCCGAGUCGAGUGGAUGGCACCGGUUUUGUCGUGUAUGACGGAGCUGUGUUCUACAAUAAGGAACGCACACGCAACAUUGUGAAAUAUGACCUGCGAACUCGCAUCAAGAGCGGCGAAGCUAUAAUUGCUACCGCCAACUAUCAUGACACAUCACCGUACCGCUGGGGUGGAAAAUCUGACAUCGACCUAGCUGUGGACGAACACGGGCUCUGGGUCAUAUACGCCACUGAAGCCAACAACGGACGCCUGGUUGUUAGCCAGGUGAACCCGUACACCCUGCGGUUUGAGGGGACGUGGCAGACGAGCUUUGAAAAGCGCAUGGCAUCAGACGCGUUCGUUGCGUGUGGCAUCUUGUAUGCCGUUCGUUCCGUGUACCAGGAUGAUGACAGUGAGGUGGGCGGAGACCUGAUCCUGUACGCCUACGACACGCGACGUAACCGCGAGGAACCGGUGAGAAUCCCGUUCCCCAACCCCUACCAGCACAUCUCCUCCAUCAGCUACAACCCCAGAGACAACCAGCUGUAUGUCUGGAACAACUACAUCGUCCUGCGGUACCCGCUGGAGUUCAGCCCGCCACAGCCCACCACAGAUCCUCUCUCAACGCCUCUUCUCUCCACAACUCCUCCGAGUGCACUCUCCACCACUGUGUCCAUGGGCUUCAGCCCCACUUCCAUCCCAUCCGUGACCUUCCACCCAGUGGGAGCUAUAAACAGGGCUCCAGCAGGGCGGCCCAUCACAGCCACGGUCCCGGUGACCAUCAGGCCUCCCCGCAGGCCUCAGGGGCCGCGCACACCCAUGUGUGAGGGCCGGGUGACUCGCGGGGUCCAGUGGCCCCCGACUCAUCGUGGAGAAAGGGUGGAGAGGCCGUGCCCAAAAGGAUCCCUUGGUAUUGCGUCCUAUCAGUGUACGGCUAAUGAUGUGGUGUGGAACCCCAGAGGCCCCGACCUCAGCAACUGCACCUCGCCCUGGGUCAACCAGAUCGCUCAAAAGAUUAAGAGUGGGGAGAACGCAGCACAUAUCGCUGCUGUACUUGUCAAUCACACACGGGGGCGGGUCUAUGCUGGUGAUGUCACUUCCUCUGUGCGUCUGAUGGAGCAGCUGCUAGACAUUCUAGACUCACAGCUGCAGGCGCUGCGACCCGGAAACAAGGAGUCAGCCACACGCAACUACAACAAGCUUCAGAAGAGAGAGCGGACCUGUCGAGCAUUUAUUCAGGCGGUGGUGCAGACUGUGGAUAACCUGCUGCGUUUGGAGGCGCUGGAGUCGUGGCAGGACAUGAACGUCACAGAACAGUCACACACUGCCACCAUGCUGCUGGAUGUCAUGGAGAAAGGAGCGUUUCUGCUGGCCAACAACCUGUACGGGGGUCACUUCAGCGACCGAGCACCCAACGUCGAUCUGGAGGUGUAUGUGCUCAACACAGAGAUGGAGCUGAAGGAUCUGUCCUUCCCGAACUCGUAUGACAGUGACAGCACCAUCCACGUGUCAGCAUCCACCAUCAAGCAGUACAGCCGCAACGGUCAGGUGAAGGUGGUGUUCACGCUCUAUAAGAACCUGGGCUCGUUCCUUUCCACUCAAAACGCCACGCUGAAGACGGAUGGAGAGCAGAAGUCAGGAGGACACGGUCUGGCCGUCAACUCACACAUCAUCUCUGCCUCCAUGAACAAAGAGUCCAGCCGCGUGUUCCUGACCAAACCCGUCGAGUUCACACUGAGACACCUGCAGCUGGAGAAUCACUUCAAUCCCAACUGUUCGUUCUGGAAUUACUCGGAGCGCUCGAUGACGGGUCAGUGGUCAUCACAGGGCUGCAGACGUCUGCACAGCAACAACACACACACCACCUGCGCCUGCUCGCACCUCACCAACUUCGCCGUGCUCAUGAACCACCAGCAGCCCGCCUAUCCCGGCGGCGUUCAGGGUCUGAUCCUGUUCGUCAUCACGUGGGUGGGGAUGGUGAUCUCUCUGGUGUGUCUGGCUCUGUGCAUCUCCACCUUCUGCUGCCUGCGAGGCCUUCAGAGCGACCGCACCACCAUCCACAAGAACCUGUGCCUCACGCUCUUCAUCUCACAGCUCCUCUUCCUCAUCGGCAUGGACAAGACACACUAUACCGUGGUGUGUCCGGUUCUGGCCGGUCUGCUGCACUUCUUCCUGCUGUCCGUCUUCUGCUGGCUCUGCAUGGAAACGGUGCAGCUGUAUGUGCUAAUGGUGGAGGUGUUUGAAAGCGAGACGUCUCGUCGUAAGUACUACUACCUCUCCGCAUACGGCUUCCCCACACUGGUGGUGGCCAUAUCCACGGCCAUCGACUACAGGAGCUACGGAGGACCCAAAGCUUGCUGGUUAAGGGUGGAUAACUACUUCAUCUGGACGUUUAUUGGCCCUGCCUCCCUCAUUAUUCUGCUGAACCUAGCAGUGCUGGUCGUCACCAUCCACCGGAUGCUGCGUCACUCCACCGUCCUGAAGCCAGACUCCAGCCGAUUCGACAACAUCAAGUGCUGGACGCUCAGCUCUAUCACGCUGCUGUUGCUGGUGUCUCUGACGUGGAUCUUUGGUCUCCUGUUCAUGAACGACAACAGCGUGGUGAUGGCUUACCUCUUCACCUCCUUCAACGCCCUGCACGGCAUGUUAAUAUUCCUCCUGCACUGUGCGCUGCAGAAGAAGGUGCAGAAAGAAUACAGCAAAUGCUUACGUCAAUCAUCCUGCUGUGGCCACGCCUCCUCCACCGGUUCCCACGGUUCCCUCAAGAGCUCCGCCCACAGAGGAAACAAUCGCUACUAUGGCGGCAGCCAAUCACGACAUGCACCUGCACCAAGACAGAGCCGUAUCAGGAGGAUGUGGAACGACACUGUUCGACGGCAGACAGAAUCGUCCUUCAUGGCAGCUGAGAUCAACAACACACCCACACUCACCCGAGAGGGCACACUGUCGCGCAGCCGUGAAUCGUGUGGGCUGGAGGGAGUCCGACUUAAUGGAAACUACAACAACAGCUACUCACUUCACGGAGGGAGUUCGGAUCUGCUGGGGGGCGUUCCUGUGGGAUCAGGGGGCGUGUCUGGAGAAGUCAGCCCAGCACUUCUGACACCUAGAGGGGCAGAGCCUGCUGGUGGCUCGAGGCGGAACCUUUCCGACGCAGCAGCACUGGAGAAGAUGAUCAUAUCCGAGCUGGUUCAGAGCAACCUGCGGCCUUCCACCGAUCGCUAUGGAACUGGACAGAAUUCCACGAUGCACCGGCAGGACUAUGCCACAUCGACAAGUCACAGAGAGCCUCCGCAGCGGCCCCUGCCUCGCCCACCUCCACCCCCUCCACAGGACGAGGAGGAGCUGCUGUACAAAGCACUAGAAAAACCCCGCCUCCCAGACAAGCCACGCCUACCCGAUAAACCCCGCCUGCCGGAUAAACCCCGCCUCCUGGAGCACGGCCAGUCUGUGUUCUACCAGAGCGAGGAGGACUCGGAGAGCUUCUCGGCUGAAAUCACGGAUGGCAUGGGCGGGGCCGGACCAGACUCUACCUCCCUGUACACGCGGGAUCACGAUUCUUCUUAUCCAGACAGCAGUCCUGAGGCGUUGGGGGCGGAGCCACACUCCACUCUUCCGCCAGAUGAGCUGUACUUCAGCGCAGGACGCCAAGCGCACAUCUCAGCCUUUUACCAGCCUCCGCAUCGCAGGACCAACGACGAGGCUCGGCUGGGACUGCAGCCCUCACAGGGGGAAGGCGACGGACAGAUGCAACUGGUGACGAGUCUGUGACUAGGGCGCUGGUGACCAGGACACGUAGAUCUGGAGGAGGACAAUGAGGUUGGACGUCUUCAACAUCACCAUCAUCACCGCAAUUAGCAUAUGGGCGAAACUCUUGAAACCAUUUGUCUGGUUUGUAGGUCACCCCAAAAUCUCAAGUAGUGUCUCAAAUUCUGAUUUCACUGGAUUUUGUAGUGAAAUAUGAGUCGGAUGUGUUUUGUGAGAUUCUCGCAUUAGUAUAAAGCUACUUUCAGAUAAUGAAAACCAUUAUCGUGUGUCCUGAGAUCUCCCAGAAGGAGCAGUGCAUUGAUAGCCUUAGGAGAUCCCUGUUGAGAUGAUGAUGAUGAUGAUGAUGACAGUGCUGGCUUCCUCCUCCACGUCUCUGUCUCCUGGUCACCCGAACACCCACCCUGAUCAUCUCACUGCCAUCCAAGCACAUCUGUUUGUCCUUUCGGAGAAGAAAUCUUCUUAUCGGGUAGCUUUUCCUCCAUCUGUCCAUCCUCCAUCUCUUCCCUGCUGAGAAAACCAGUUUAAACCAUCCUGAGGUGAAUAUCUGGUCUCCUGUCCUGGCCCAACUGGUCCGUUUUGGUGGUUUUGGGUGGGAGACCAUCUGAAAACCACCUUAGGCUGGUUGAAGCUGGUUUGUUAGUGGGAUUUCUUUCAUUCAGGGUGGUGUGGUGUAUGAGUGUCAGACCUUUAUCAGAAUGUGAUAACACUUACACCAGAGACUGCAGCUCUAAUACAUGCCAAAAAAAUUAAAAGUAAAAUAAAAAAUCACACAUUUACACUCUUGGGGAGCAGCUACUGUCGGGAUCACGCUCUCACCAACAUAGAGAUCAAAGGUUAAGAGUCACGGGUUCAAGAAAAUACACCAGACUGUUGUUUUUGAGCAGCGUGGAAUAUAAAAGAACUGAAACGAACUCUUUUGCUACCUGUUUGGACACCACCCAAUCUUGCUUGUUGGUGUUCAAGACACUGACCAAUCAUGUUGUUGGGUUUGGAGAAUGUUGACAAUGCUCCACCCCCUUCCUGUGUUUAAGUAGGUUGAUCGAAGAUGUGAUGUUUAACUUCCUGUAAAUAAGAACUGAGAGACGUAACGUCUCUGGACAUGCUUCUCUUUCACUUAUAAGUUUAUGGUUGAAAAAAGUCUUAAAUAAUAUGUAGAUGAACUGAUGACACUGUCUCCUCUUUCAGUCUUUUUCUCACUCUGUCUCUUUCGGUCUUUCUCGCUCUCUGAGAGUGUUUCGUGUAAAAAGAUAAGAAAUGUUUUUUAAUCAAAAUAAAACCAACAAA